CGGCCAUGAGCAGCCUCGAGCACGGCCAUGCGAAGCCUGCAGACCGCGCUCCUUCCACUUUCUCCCGCAUCCUCGGUAGAGCACCUUCCUUGGCCAAUCACAUCCAGCCUGAAGUUGUAGUUACUUGUCGCAGCAUACCGACUCUCCGCUCAACCUCACACAUACACAAUGGCCACUUCAUUCCGUCCCGCUCUGCUGUCGCGCCAGCUGCUGGCCCAGCGCACUCCUAUGGCUCUGCGCUCCUUCCACGCCUCGCCCACCCGCGCCAUUCUUCCCCCAUUGCCCCAGUCAACGAUGCCGCCACUGUCCCCGACGCAUCCUACGCCCACGGUAGCUACCACUGGAGCUUCGAGCGCCUCAUCUCUGUCGGCCUUAUCCCUCUGACCAUUGCUCCCUUCGCCGCUGGCUCGCUCAACCCCGUCAUGGACGGUCUCUUCAUCUCCACCAUCCUCAUCCACUCGCACAUCGGUUUCCAGUCAUGCAUCAUCGACUACUUCCCCAGCAAGCGUGUCCCCAAGACCCGCAAGUUCUCCAUGUGGGCCCUCAACGCCGCCACUAUCCUUGCCGGUAUUGGCUUCUACGAGUUUGAGACAAACGAUGUCGGUCUCACCGAGAUGGUCAAGAGAGUCUGGCAAGCAAAGAAGGCCGACGUC